UCGAGCAUAGAUGGGUUUACGCCCAGUAUUGUCAAAUUUUCGGUCAAAAAGUCGGGUGCAAACCCAACUAAGAGAUGGGUUUGUGUUAAGCUGAAACUGUCACGUACUACCUAGUCGUAUAAUCUACUCGGAACCCCAAUAACUAGUGAGUCUUUUAACCCAGACGUCAUGCGGCUGACAUGACCCGAAUAGCUAGCAAUAAAUAGGUAAUUAUUACCGCGAAAUUUGGUGAGAUUCCCUCCGCUCAUCGCUUCUCGUAUCAUCGUGUCCCCAACCCGCUCCCUAACCUAACCAUGCGUGUCACAGACAGGAUAACACAGACAGUGGGACAGUGUGCCGACACGGGGAUGGUUUACUGUAUAUUAUACUGAAAUAUAGAGUCAUGCAGAGGACGAGGCAGGAAUCGGAGACAGACUCGCCCAAGAGCCGCCCGGGCUCCAGGAGGAACUCCACCAAUCAGUCCCGGAGGAACAGCAUCAAGAAGGAGAAGGAAAAAGAGAAGGUGAACGGCUCGUCCUGCACGUCAACGCCGAAGAAAGUGGUGGUGAAGCCAGGCAACCUGGACUUCGUGGUCACAGGGAGGCAAUGUCUAAAGAAAUCAGAUCGUGCCAACUCCCUCCCCGGCUACCGCAGACCCUCAGUGGAGUCCAUCAAGGGCAAGAAGUUUGACUCACCGAAGCGUGCAGCUCCGAUGGAGUCCCAGUCGUCCAAGAGUAGAGAGACUUCCUUGGAAGAUGAUAUGUCUUUAGAUCUGUCUCAGGUAUCAGACUUCGAAGACACCAACUCAAAAUACGGCAUCAACAAGAAAUUCACAGCGUUAGCCACCUCCACGCCCAAGUCCCAGCGACCGAAGCCCAGGAGUGGCUCCCUGCAAAGCCAUCUGCACCAGAAACUCGACACCAGAAGCAUGGAGAAGACGCUCGAGAGCUCCAAACAGAGCAGGGACACAAGUCGCGAGAGUAUCUAUAAAACCUCGUCUUCAGCAAGCCCUUACAGGUACGGCGGCCGCACAGAGCUCGACUACUCAUCCGUGUCUCCGGAGUGCUCCGGGCUGUCGUCAGCAGACCUCUCCCCGAGGGUCGCGCGCGGCAACACCAGUCUGCAUCACGUGUCCAGUUGCUGCACCAGCAGCUGGCAGGACUGCUCCGAGCUGGACACAGCGGUGGCCGACCGCACCACGGGCGAGUGGAGUUCGUUCUGGGCAAACUAUAACAACUCUGUUUCCAAAGUCCCCCUGCCAGUCCAGAGCUAUUACGACCAGUGUCCAACGCCCUAUAGAACUGAGAAUAUCGACUUGGCUGAUUUGGAAUUCUCAACAGAAGGUUCGAGAAAACGCACUCCAGAGAACAUAGAAAACAUAAACUACGUAAUCCGAAACGAAGGCUUAAAUCUAACGCCGCGAGAAACGCAAAAUAUAAUAAAAUGCGCUCACAUUUUAGGAAACGUCCUCACGAAAGCCAUAGAAAGACGAUGUAGAGAAAAAGACACAGAUAAAGUACACGAAGUGAAGACAGAGACGGAAGAUGCAGACACAGAAAUAGAUGAAAAGAAGAAGAACUUAACUUUAGAAUUAAAAGAGAAAAAUGUACCAGAAACUGUCGUAGAAAAAACAAGCGAAACUGUCACGACUCAAACGGACAUUUCCCUGCCAAAUACUAAAAGUGCGCCGAAAAUUUUCGAGAAGAUUCUCAGGCAGCUAUCGAGGACCUCGCUUGAGGAGGCGUUGGAAAAAGACAAAGUGGCUGACAAAGUCGCCGAUAACAACCUUGAUGAGAAAAAAGAUCCGCCAAAAGACAGUUAGGUGUAAGACUGGAUUUGCAAUUUUAGGACCAAAAAUAUAUCUAAAUUAAUGAAUGUAAUCCAAGUCCUAUAAAAGCUAUAUUUCUCAUUCAAUCUAGUCAUUAGUUUAAGUGUAAAUCUAAAUAUGUUUUGACAAAUAUAUGCAAUAGAAAAUGGAUGUUGUGGAAUUCAUAUUUCCAAUAUUUUAGUGGAGGCCAAAUGCAUCCAAAUAGCUUUUAGAAAUAAUAUAUUAAUAUUUCGCUCAAAGGUGUGCCCUAUUCCAAGAUGUUGAAUAGUGUAUUAUUAUUGUAAUAUUCAAUAAAUAUUAUAUAAUGUGUUGUGUC